AUGACAUUGGAUUUUAACGGCCGUCAGGUUCCCAUCGUUGGGAUGGGAGGCUCUGGCAUGAUUGUCCAGUGCGAAGGUACCGCCAUCAAGUUCGCCCUCGACUCUUGCAUCGAUGGUUCCUACGAAGACGACGAGACCAUCCGACACGAAAAAAGUGUAUACCGGCGGUUGAAGAACUGCGACGGAGUGGUGGAGUGUCUCGAUCAUCCAGGACCCGGGAUCCAGAUGGUGUUUAUGGAAAAUGGAAAUCUACACGACUAUCUCCAAAGACAAAGACAUGCCCCUCCGGAGGCGCUGAAGCUCUCGUGGUUCCGCGACAUGGCCCGUCAUCUUGCCGCCAUCCACGACCGGCGCGUGGUGGUGGCCGACAUCAAGACUCGGAACUUUCUACUGGCCGCAGACACAUCCAUCAGGUUCUCCGACUUUAGCGAAUCUUCACUCUUGGCUCCUGAUUGCGAUAUCCUGACGGCCGACGAUCACGGCUUCUCCAUUUACACCGACAUGGGCCAGCUCGGUGCUGUCAUGUACGAGGUGGUCACCGGUGAGCGUUGCGACUUCGAUCUCUUCAAGGAUCAACCUCCAGGCCCGGCUGCCGCGGCUUGGCCACGAAGAGAACAUCUCCCUAGCACACAGGGCGUGUGUCUCGGUGGGAUAAUUGACAAAUGCUGGACCAAAGCUGCAUUUCGGACCUGUCAUGAGCUCUCGGCGGCUCUGAAUUCCGUCGGCCUGGGCUAA